CCCGUGACGUCAGGAGGAUGUAAAUGCUACGCCUCGCAACCUCAUCGCUCUUUUUCCUCUCUCGUGCUGUUAGGGCGGCAGGCCUCUGCUCGGUCUCUGAAACUUUAAACACCUAAUCAGCAAAAUGAUCAUCUACACGGAUGUCAUCAGCGGUGAUGAGAUGUUCUCGGACAGCUUCAAAGUAAUAUCUGAUAACGACAUCUUCUAUGAAGUUGAAGGAAAAGCCGUCACCAGGACAGAUGGCUUUGACGAUUCUUUAAUUUCAGCCAACGCCUCUGCAGAAGAGGCGGCAGAGGGCGCUGAUUCAGCAUCAGUGUCUGGUGUAGACAUCAUCCUCAACCACAAACUGCAGGAGACUGUCUUCGCCAAGAAGACUUACGUGGCAUACAUAAAAAGCUAUGUUAAAGCAAUUAAGGCCCAGCUGGAAAAGACCAACCCAUCGAGAGUGGAGGCCUUUGUACUUUCCAGCCAAACGGAAGUUGCGAAGGUCGUGGGAAAAUUCGGCAAUUACCAGUUCUUCACAGGAGAGACAAUGAACCCAGGAUGGCAUGGUGGGACUGCUGGACUACCGUGCUGACGGUGUCACACCGUACAUGCUUUUCUUCAAAGAUGGCUUGAUUGGUGAAAAAUGCUAACUACCUGGAACUACAUCUGCUUUUAAAUUGGCUGCUGCUCCCCAAAUGCCCCAGGGGCAGUAUUUUUGCAUCAUGAAACAUUCUUGUACAACAUUCACAUUAGGGCCCGCACCACCAUGCCAAGGCUGGGUGACUCGACACCAUUGAUCACUGAAUACUGUUUUUGGCUUUGCAGUGUUUUGAUUUUCCUAGGAUUGACCCAGUUUUUGUGCUUUAAAAUUAAAGGCAGAACAGUGACUGAAUGAUGGGUUUUUUUUUCCCCUCCGUCUGCAUACUAUUUUAGCAAGGAUCUACAUCGGUUGACCUCCUACCUCUUGUUUAUGGUUGCAUAAAAUCUGAUUCCAUCUACAGUGAAAAUACUUCUGGUGUAAUUUGAAAAUAAAAUCUAGUACCACCAGU